AUGUCCUGGCCUCCAGGCAGCGUCUUUCCUUCUGGGGCAGAAGCAAAAGGCUCUCAUGUGUCUUCGCCCAACCCCGUUCCCAAGCUAUCUUCAAGUAAAGUCGGCGUAGCCGGUCUUGCUGAACGCCGUCGUGAAGCUGCUGCGCGUCGCAACGAGAGGAUGCAGGCUCGCGCCGCUGCGCGCAGUGAUAGCGGUCGCAAGAAGAACAGGUGGAGUACAGUUUCACUUUCUAGUGAGCCUAGACAGGUGGCAGAUGCGCUGGCUCAGGCCAAUGUUAAUGACGCCCGUACUUUGCAAAACCGCGAGAAAGAGAGCCCUCUCGAAACUCGGGAUCUGACCGGAGGCAUGUCCGCUGGCUCAAAGCCUAGAGUUGAGAGCAUCAAGAAGUGGGCGCACCUUGGGAAGCAGCCGCACAACGGUUCGAUCCAAGCCUUCCGUUCGCGAUAUGUUGAUGUCCCGCUAUCCCACAGCGAAGCUGCUGUGCCCACGAACCCAGAUGAUACGCCCCCAACCAAGGUCGAGAAUAUCCGCUUGCCUCCGCAUCCCCAGCAAAAAGUCAAUGAUUGGUCAAAGCCAAUAUUUGGCUUCUUCGAUAUAGAUCGGCCUACAGGCGAGCCUCAUGGCGCUUCAAGGGUUCAAGAAGCCAAGACUCAAGCUGUGGACGAAUUUCAGAAUGAGAGCGCAUCGACAGCUCAUUUUCGUAUACUCCGAGCUGGAGACCCAUCGCAGGCCUUCACUCAGCCACUUCAUGACGACGCCGAAGACACGGCAACGUCUGUGCAGUGCAGGUCCCGAAGCUACUCAAGACUUGAGCGACUACGCAGUGUUCCACCCUACUCAGCCAGGUCCGCCCGCGAGAAGAGAGUUGAGCUCGUAAAGACGUUCUGGGAGAAGCUUCGCAUCCAAGAAGAGGCUGAGAUGAGAGCGGAGGCAGUUGCCGACACUGCGGCCACAGCUGAGACUUUCGAAGGGCGCCCUUUGCACGACGGUCACGAUGAAAACACACUAGGUGACAAACGCUUCAACGAUGGUGACACCAAUUUGGACGUCUUGACACGCAGGCUUGAUACUUUGGGCAUGGGUAAUCUACUAUCCCAUUCGGACGACCCUUGGGACCUGUCCGUUCAUCACUAUGCCUCAGAUGCGGCCACUAUCGAUGUAUCGGAUGUUGAGUCAGACGAAGACUUCGGUUGUGAGUAUCUCGCUCUCUCACGAGAUCCAACACCACAUCCGUCUACUCCCACGUCUGUGUCCGACACACAAAACCUUCGACACUACACGCCUUCCGAGGACUGCGACUAUCCUGAUCUCUUGUGCCCAGUUCCGGUGACAGACUGUUCUCGCUUUCCCCAUGGUAGCAACGCAACACGCGACGACGCUGGCACGCUUGCAGCUUCGAACAAAGGUGGUGCAGAAGUCCUCGCCUCAGCACCAGCCUCAGUCUCAGUCUCAGUCUCAGACGAUGAGGAUUCUUCGCCAUCGCCUCAAAUAUCUGGUGAGAUGUCCCUCAAAGAGGCUUUGGGGAUCUUAGGCCUUGUUCGCUACAGGUCCGUCGAUCGUGCCACACUGAAAAAGCAUUUUCGUAAGAGUCUUGGUUCGGUCGACUUCGUUACAGCGACUCGUGCCCUGAGUAUGAUCGCCGACCACCAAGCCGAGCGUAGAUGGAUCAUUCGUCUGCGAUGGGAUGAUGCUCUUGAUGAGAAGCUGCUCCAAUGUGGCUCCGGUUUCAAGACCGAGAAUUGGUACAAUUCUUACCUUGCUCAGUACUUGGGAACUACCGUGCUCGAUUGUCGCGAGCGUUUGGAGCAUCUCAACUGCAAGGCGGAACAGUCGCAACAACCCGAGUUGGAUACGAACGAUACCGUUUCCCAGAAGGCCACCGAAGGCUGUACUGCAGAGCGUCACGAGCCCUCUCCCGAUAUGACGACCGAUGAACCUCUAUCGUUGCCAUCGCCCAAGCCGAAGAGUUCAUCUAUGAAAUAUAUGAAAGUUGAGGCUUCUGCUAGCGAAGAUGCUGCUGACGAUGUCUCUUUUCACACUCCAACCGAGGUAGCAACCUGGGGCUCCGGUGUAGACAACGCGUUUACCAACUCCGAUCCUUGCAACUGUGGAGGCUUUGGCCAAUGCUUGGGGCACUGCACUGAGGCGCCUGUCCCCGAUCAUAACGAGGCAGCCUGUUGGGAUACUGGCGGUGCUUGUAGUGGAUGCGGAAGCACCUGGUGUAACUGUCCCUCAGAUCCAGUCUCCCACGAUGAAGCCUCGAAGCCAACUUCUGUGACCCAAGAUGAUGCUUGGGGUAACGCGGGAGACAUCCCAGAUUUUUGUACUGGAUGCGGUGGUCCAAUGGGUGACCAGGUAUUUCCGUGGGGCAGUUGCUCGCCAGCAUGUGCCGGUGGCUGGGAUACUCCGAGCACUGAUGCUGCCUCUAAACCUCGACCUGCUUCCUUCUGGCCCUGCAUAGUCACCUACUGGGCCACCAUCGAGUCUGGCGACGAGACGAUCAACAUCCCCAUCGACGACAAGCACGUUCACGGUCCUGAGAAGACCAUUGCCAGCAGUGGCAUGCACAAGGUCUGGAAAUGGAUCCACGACAAGGGCGUUGGUGACAAGAUUAGUCUGCAAGAUGCUUAUGACUUGGCUGAGUCCAUGCAUAAGGGAGAGGACGAGAGCACGGUCGAGACGCUCGCUAGCAAGGCCAAGUUGGAGAAAUCGAACUGGUGCCCUUGGGGUGACGCCUGAUUUACCUUGGCUCUAUCUGCAGGCGGUGUUGGAAGGGUUCAAUUUCUUGACGGCAUUUGGGCAUUGGGCUCCUGGUUCUGGC